UUAAAUCUCUUUUUAUUAUUAAGAACGUGUAAAAACGGUCGUAUUCCCCUUUAAAAUGUUCUGCGGGUGUGUUUAUUCGGAUUUCCACCUCACUCGGCUUUAGCCCUAAAUAGGCCUAAUCCAUUGUUUCAGACGAUGUAAUGGUGUAGUGAGUUUCACUGACCGUACAAAAAGUGCACUCUGGGGGAAACCAGAGUGUAACUGGUCCUUGGAGUAGAGGUAGUCUCUCUCACUCUCUCUCUCUUUCUCUCUCUGGCCUGUCCAGUUCACUCACACGCCUGUGAACCGUGUGUUUAAGUGCCCGCCGUCUGUUUUGUGUCAGAAUCGUUUGGUAACUCAAUCUCUGAGGUGCACUGCGCUGACGAGCAGAGGGGGGUGGCCAUGCUGAUCUACAGUCUGGCUCCAGUGGAGCAGCUGCAGUCCUGUAGGUGUUGCCCGCUCACUUCUUCGCUUCUUCACGCCUCGUUCACUUUCGGGAGACUUCGUCGUUCUCAGCGAGCCGCCGACGAGCCACACCGGAGCCUGGAGACUUUACCUUGGGAUAAAACCAUGUGAAAAACCCGGUGAGACCUUUUACUGUACCGUACCGGAGACCAACGGUCACUCGAAGUGGAGCUUAACGACAUGUUCACGCGCGGAUCCAAAAAGCGGCGGUCCAACCGUUCGGAGGAAGACCCUGAUAGAGGUCAGCCCUGUAUGAGAUGUGGAGAGCAAUGUCCGGGCUUCCGCAUGCACGGCUGGAGGAAGAUCUGUGUGCACUGUAAGUGUGUGCGUGAGGAGCAUGCGGUGCGCGCAGUUCCCGGUCAGCUGGAGAGGAUGAUGAUGAAGCUGGUGUCCGACUUCCAAAGGCACUCCAUCUCGGACGACGACUCGGGCUGCGCCUCGGAGGAGUAUGCCUGGGUCCCACCUGGCCUCAAGCCAGAACAGGUGUAUCAGUACUUCAGCUGUAUUCCUGAGGAUAAGGUGCCCUAUGUGAACAGCCCAGGAGAGAGAUAUCGCAUUAAACAGCUUCUUCACCAGCUCCCAGCCCAUGACAGUGAGCCCCAGUACUGUAACUCGCUGGAUGAGGAGGAGAAGAAGGAGCUAAGAUUGUUCAGCCAGCAGAGGAAAAGAGAAAACCUGGGCCGUGGCAAUGUUCGCCUCUUCCCCGUCACCAUGACAGGAGCCAUUUGCCAGCAGUGUGGUAGGCAGAUCUGUGGGGGUGAUAUAGCUGUGUUCGCGUCCCGGGCCGGUCAUGGCUCCUGCUGGCACCCUCAGUGCUUUCAGUGCGCGACGUGUAGUGAGCUGCUAGUGGACCUCAUCUACUUCUACCAGGACGGUCACAUCUACUGCGGCCGGCACCACGCUGAGCGCAUCAAGCCCCGCUGCCAGGCCUGCGAUGAGAUCAUUCUAGCAGACGAGUGCACAGAGGCGGAGGGCCGCCACUGGCACAUGAGGCAUUUCUGCUGUUUCGAGUGCGAGACGGCGCUGGGCGGUCAGCGCUACAUCAUGAGAGAGAGCCGGCCGUACUGCUGCACCUGCUAUGAGUCACUUUACGCAGAGUACUGUGACACCUGUGGGGAGCACAUCGGAAUAGACCAGGGGCAGAUGACGUAUGAGGGUCAGCACUGGCAUGCCUCUGAGGCAUGUUUUUGCUGUGCUCACUGUCGACUCCCCCUGCUGGGCAGACCCUUCCUCCCCCGUGGUGGGCUCAUUUUCUGCUCUCGGCCGUGCUCUCUUGGGGAAGACCCCGAUAACUCGGACUCCUGUGACUCGGCCUUGCAGAGCAAACCCGCCUCACACAAACACACACAACAUCAGCACCGCAGUUCACCGCUGAGGCCACUGGAGGGCAGCAAUGCAUCCGCUGCCACUGUGAAAACAUCUACUGCUAGUACGUCAACUCAUCCCUCGGAAAGCAGAGGUGUACACACUUCAUUCUCCCAUUUACAAAAUGGUGGUCCUCCACCUCCACCUUACAGAGAAAGACGCCCCCAGAGCUCACACUCUCCCUCCCAGCUCACUUCCUUAGCCAACGGCUGGGGAACCUCAUCACCCGGGGACCAAUCAAACACUGACAAACACUCAGGACACAGCAGGCUGGAAUACACAGUGGAGCUGAAUGGAUAUGCUGAAUUUGGCCCAUUUCCACCAAGCUGCACUUCCAGAGGAACCUCGACAGCGAAAGACAGCAGCACACUCGGAGAGAAGAACAGUUCGGGAAUUCUCUCUCCGCCUCACUCAUCCCCUGCAUUUGACUCCCUAAACCACACGGACUCUUUCCCGCCUCCUCCACCUCCUGUAUUCAUCGGCCUUGAUGAUUUGCCAAUCCUGCCCCCAUCUGACGCUUCUGAGCCCGAGACCCUCCCGCCUCCACCCGCCCCACUGCCAGCGCGGAGCAGCACGGCCAGGGUCAGCUUCAGGGAGCCAAUCAGCAGCAGCUACUCGAUGGAGGAGGAUGAGGAAGAGGAGGAAGCAGAAGUAGAGGAGGAGAGAAGAGAAGUGGGUGAGGGAGAGCAGGAGGAAGAGGAAGAAGAGGAAGCUGUUGGAGGUUUGGGACGCAGACUACGCCUUCGAGCUGGAAUGCCGCCUCAGAUGGACCUUCUGGAUGGAUCAUACCACCGCAGUUUCCGGCGGGGGGGUGCAGGACCCCCUGGCCACAGCCGCGUGGCUUCAGACUCGCCGCUCCACCUGGGCACAGAAAAGCGCUUCAGACGCUCACGGCGUGACAGACCCCAUCUGGAGACAUUGGAGUGGAGAGGACGGGACCAUCCGCAGCCUUCCUGCAGCAACGUGGACGGAGAUGGCAGCCCCCGGCUGACCCUUCACUCCACCUACUACAGACACGAAGACUCCUGCUCCACCUGCUCAUCUUCAUCAGACUCAGAGGAGGAAGGCUUCUUCCUGGGCCAGCGCAUCCCCCUGCCCCCACAACUGACCGGCCAAGAGAGGACCAGGGAUGAAGAGAAAGAGGAGGAGGAGGAGAAAGGGAAGACGAAGAGAGGCAGCCUGAGGAGGAGGAGGACACACAGUCUGAGCAGCAAAGACAAAGACAAAAACUGUAUACUGUCCUGAGAGAGAGAGAAAGACUCUUGUUAUGGGCUACGUUCACAUUACAGUGGCACAAAUCCAGUUUUUUGCCUAAUGGUGAUGCAGAUAUACAGAGCAAUUCACUCGAAAGAGGCCCCAAAUAUUCUGUUGUAACUCCUGUUAGGAUGAAGCAGUCUGAACCAGAUUGAACCCAGAAGUUGCAAACGGAGGUUAAACGUCGCAACCUCAUCACUCUGACGCAGGGGUGUCCCGGCUUGUUCGAAGCUCCAUAUACUGAGGAGCAUAUUGCACGUUGUUUCGCUCAGAUUGCUUCGUCCUAGCGAGAGUUAUUACAGAAUAUUCAGGGCCCCUUUCGAGUGAAUCUCCCUGUAUUAUAUGCUAUUGUAGGUCUGUGUGAACACAAAAAAAUCUGAUCUUUUUUCAAAUCAUAUUUGACCCCCUUUCAUAUGUAGUCCUAGAUUGGAUACCUAUCUGACGUGUGGCCAUUGGAGGUAUAAAAAAUAUCACUGCACCAUGAUGCAUAGAUCUGAAGGUGAUGAUUCAGCUGCACUGACCUUGUAACAUUAUAGUCAGUUACAGUAAUAUUUAAUAAAGGGUGCACCCAUUUCGGCCAAAGUACAGUUCUCAGGGUAUUUUCAAACAUAAAUAUCUGAGUAAAGGUUGCUGUAUAGUUUUAUUGUCGCUAUUCUAAUACAGUGUAAAUCAUAUUUAAUCAGAUUUAAGAUUUCAUGAUGCACUGAAUCGUUUCUGGAUUGUUCCUAAUUCCCUUUCUUUUUGCGAUUGAAUCAAAUCUUGAAAUCAAAGGUUUACACCCCCAGUGGCCAUAACGAGAACGGUCAGAUUAAAAUUCUCUUUUUUUUACAUCACACUUCUCUUGGCAGCUUUUGUCAUAUCAAUUGGAGAUUAACCACUUUCAAACACAAAUCUGAGCCAUCAAUCCAGAAAGAUCAGACCUAAGUGAAAAAUCUGAACUAAGACCCUGUUCACACUUGGUUUUGAGUGAUCUGAUUCGUAAGUGAACAAUGAGACAGCCGUUUAUACCUGGCAGUCUUGAAUGCAUAUCCAGUUACCAUGUGAUCUGAUUUUGUGAUUGCUGCAUUUGUUCUCCCAUAAAAAUGUCCCACAAGUUCUUGUUCAUGUGAAUGUACAGGUUGUUACAAACAUUUCGAUUGCAAAAAUUGCUAAAACAACUUAUAAACAUACAGGAGAGGAGAUAAAGAAGGAAACUGCUUUUGUCUGACACAGUUGCUCAAGGUGGUCCUUUGUUGCUACUGGGGGUGCAUUGGGAUGCUUUAGGGUUCAAACAACAAACUUUAUGUGGUCAUAUGUGCCCCUGAAAGGUGGUUUGAGUGAUCUGAUCACAGUGCGCAGAGAUGCAUGGGGCACCUUUACUUAGCACUGACCACUUUUGAUCAGAUCACCCAGGAUGUAUGUUAAUGCCAGGUGUGAACAGAGCCUAACUGAUCAUUAAGCCUUGCAAUGUGAACGUAGCCAUAGAGACACUGCAGAGUUUGCUGCUUCUUGCCUUUGUUCAGUGAGACAAUACAGGAACCGAACUGUUUUAAAGUUGUAUUUGAUCAAUACUGACAUCCAAGCCAAGAAACUACUGCAAUUCACAUAUUGGACUGUAAAUCAUUUUGGACAGUAUAUGUUUUUUUUAUGGGGCAAAGAGCUUUUAUUGAGCAAAAAGAAAGAAAUAGACCUCACUGAUCAUUGAAGCACUUUGCAAACUUUUAUAUAUGUUUAAAUAAACAGAUCUUCCUUCAACGUUUUAUCUCUUAGAACCAAAAACCAUUCCGCCUAGUGUUUUUAGAUUUGGUGCUUGCAGUUAAAUGCUUUCCAGCGCUUCACUGGAACAGUGAACAAUGUCCAAAAUGUUCAUAGUACGUCUAGUUAAAAGAUCAUUCCAGUCACUAAACAGUAUCACAGUAUCAUGUUAAAAGGAAGCGGAGUAAUCAGUAAUCAAGCAGUAAUCUGGACUUUGGAGCAAAGCUCUUUCUUUCCAACUGAGGUUUAAGAAGGAUGGUGAUUUUGAAGGCGAAAGCGCAGUUCAGUUGGUGAAAAAAACAAACCAACAUAACGAUAAAAUGGAAAUCCACAUUCUGCACAGGAAUGAAAAGAGUAGAAGAGAAAAAUGUUUGUUGUCCCUGUCAUUAGAAAACCUUGUAACUGUUUAUUUACUCUUUCUAUUUGCUGCGUUUUAAAUGCCAACAUUGCCUGACGAAUCGACCCAUAGAAAUUUUGAAAUGCAAACAUUUUACAUUUGUUUAAAAAUAUUUUGCCUUAUUCUGUAAAGGUAGAGGUAUGAGGUUUUCUUACAACAGUGAUUUUAUACAGCCACACUUAACCAUGACCAAACCAGUGUUCUCAUUCAAAGCAGUACUGAUCACUCACCCCAAAUAUAGUCAACCAGCCAAGACAUAUUUGGUCAUUGAAAUGUGCUUCUUUUAUUUUGCACUGGAGCUUCAAGGCUUAUGUAGUUAAGAGUAAUAGAAGCUUAAACCUCACCAAUUAGCAUUGUAGCAUUGUGCACAGUGAGUGUUUACAGGCACUCGAUAAUCACUCGAUAAUUGGAUUUCUGCAGUUAUCUGAUUAUUCAAAUGGUCAUGUAAACAGUGACCUCUGAUUUCGUAGAUCAGAGUAGAAAUCCUAUAAAGAGAGCUGGAUUUUAGCCCAGUAAAUUUAAAGUAAAGAUUUCUCUGUGCAUAUAAACUCUUACUCUGAUUUCUUUUGGAUUUCUCAGUCUGAGCACGCACGAAAACAGACAGCGGUGCCAGAAAUAAGCGAGCAGCAUUGCUGCGAGAC